GAGUUGGUCGGUUGGGCUGAGGCCCUGAGCUCCAACUAUCAGAAGGUGCCUGAGGCUAAGGUAGAGGUUGGGCGUUUGGGGCUGUGGGUGGAUCCUCUGAAGGUCAUGGAAUCCUCCACGGGAUCCAGGAUGCCUUUGCUCAAAUACUGCAGCGUGGCCACAAGCCUCAAGGCCCCUGGCUGGGACAGUGCUGCUCCACCCUGGGACCUCUCCUUCACUUACCCCGUUGCCCUCCAAGCGCCCUGGCUCACCGGGCACAAGCCCCUUGCAAGCUACGCCUCUUCUUGUCCGUGUCUCCACAUUGCCAAUCCAGCAUGUCAGGGGUCUGGCUGGCUGGGAAGAGCUGGAGAUGCUGCCAACACAUGGGUCCUGGCAAGAAGGGAAGCAGACGGCUUUUACUACAGGGCUCAAAUAAAGGCCGCUCCUGAGCUGGAGAGACAGGGCGCCCUACUUGUGGAAUUUGAGGCUCCUCUUGUCGCAGGCCCAAAGCUGCCAGCCCAGCAGCUGAGUGUGGUCUUAGAAGAGAAUGUCAUUCCGCUCUCACCAUCUGUAGGAUACUCACUGAGACCAGGGGACACAGUGCUGGCACUCUGGGAGCACGGCCAAGAGCAGUAUGGCCCUGGCACCGUUCUUUUGGGCUUGGAGACGAGAGGUCCCCAGAGAGCAUCAAAGGAAGAAGAAAUCACUGUUUAUUUCUGGAAUGGCAAAACCGCUAAAGUUCCCUUAGGUGGGGUCCAGUGGGUGUCCCCGGCCAUCUGGAAGAAGGCUGUGGAGCAGCUGCACAAGCCUUUCACCAGGGAGCACCCCAGGCCCCUCCACUGGGCCCCUUGCUGCCCUCUGCUGGGGCCAGUCACUGGGUGCCUGACUAGCGAGCUUCCUCCGGGCACUCCAUUCCUGCACCCUCUCUGCCGCCCUCAGGCCUGCUGCCAGCUGCUGUGCCAGGCCUGCCUCUGUGGCUGCCCCUCAUGUGGCACCACCUGGUGGCCUCUAACCAGGACCUCAGAAGUCACAGCCAGAGAACUUUCAGAGUUGGAGCUGGAGCCCACAGCACAGCUUUUGCCCCUGGAAGGUCCUAAAGAGGAGAAAGUAGCAAGGCACGCUCCUCUGGCUGUUUCUUCCUCCUCAUCCUCCUCCCAUGAACAAGAUGAUGUGGAGAAUGAUCUGGAGAUGGGCCCUCCCCAGAGACUGAUGGUGAACAGUGCAGUCAACACAGAUCCUAUCCUUCUUGAGACACCUCUGAGGCAGAGUGGCCUCUGUCAGCCUGGGUGGAGGUACUGGAGGAGAAAUGGGCCUGAGCCACACCCUGGGAAGCCAGGAACAAUAUAUUCCAACAUCUGGAAAGAAGAAAAGGAUUGCAAACAGCAGAGAGUACAAACCGUAGUAUGGGGGACUACCAAGGAGCUGGUCUCAAAAGCAACCAACACGAAGCCACCACAGACCCUGCCGGGGAAAGUUGAACACAGAAGGCGGAGUCAGAGCCCUGCAAUAUGUCAGUGGAACAAGAAUUCCCCUUAGACUAAGAGCGCCAAGGAUCUAGGUAAAGCAGAAUGGCUGAAAACGACUUCCUAAAGACUCCUCACAUGAGUCUUAGACCCUUUGGGUCACAUCCCCUUUGAGAACAGUAAAACUUAUGGUUCCUUUUCACAGAAGAAUGCACAUGCCCUCAAUUGUGCAUGUAAUUUCCAAAGGCUUACAGAACCCAUGAAUUUAAUCACAGGCUUCUUGGUGGUACAAGGAUUCCCAUUUAAAUGACCCUCUGUACUAUGGUAUUGGGUAGGGGCCUCCUUUAUUAGGCCCCCAUAUUAGGAAUAUGGAGUCUCUUCCUCACUAAGAAUAAUACAGCCCUACUUAAAACUUUGUUUCCAUCAUAUGAAAUACUGGCACCUUUCCCAAGGAAAGGUUUAUGUUCAAAAUGAGAUAAUCACCAGGCAGCAAAACUGGGAGAUGUCACAGUACUGCUGUGGCAGCUACAAGAAGUUUGGGCCACAGCAAUGACUUUUUUUUUUUUUUUGAGACAGGGUCUCACUCUGUCAC